UUGGACGCCACACAAGCUUUUACCUUCGAUGUCAUCACAACUUCCUCGUUGAGUGACAUUUUGUAGUCGGAAGCCCCGCAUAUAUUUGCCAAGUUUCCAUGGCACUCCUCUCCCACUUGUAUGGAGGUAGUUGUACUUUUUAUCCAUUCCAAGUGCCGCGGGUGAACGUGGUGAGACCAAGCGCUGUUGUGGGUCUGCCCCGUACAUACCAGCGGCCGGACCCGCUCCUGUCAGUCUACCCGCGCCAUUGCCUACGCCAACUACCACCUGUUGUGAUCACGGAAAUGUCGUCGUCCUCAACGGAGCGGUCCCCGAGCCCCGAGGAGAAAUCCCCGGCCUCUCCUCCCGCUAGAGCAGCUAGUGGCACAAAUUCCAGCCCCUCGACGCCAAUCAUCAACUUCUCAAUUGACGGGAUUCUCGGUCUGACUGGCCGCGAGGAGGCCAGGGUGCCCGCCGCCGGGGAGGCCUCGGACGAGGCCCCCAAAACCUCCGACGCGGAAAUUACCAGUCUUUCGUCCAUAUCAGCCGACGGGGCAUUAUCACUCCCGGGGAUGGACGACCCGAGAUAUCAGUUCUCCUGGCUGCAGUGUACCCGGUACAAACCACCAAAACUUCCACGUGCCAAACGAAAAGAUGGCAGCAAGAAGAGGAAACUCGGGCGGAACCCCAGGGUUCCCUUCUCCGCACACCAGGUCGCGACGCUCGAGUCCAAGUUUCGGCGGACACACUACCUGAGCAGCGUGGACGUGUCCGAGCUAUCCGUGGCGCUCAACCUGUCAGAAAACCGGGUGAAAAUUUGGUUUCAAAACCGCCGAGCUCGUGAAAGACGGGAGCGGGAGAACCGGGAGCAGGGCCGGUUGCAGGCGGCGGCAGCGGCGGCCGGAGUCCCCCUUCCUGCCGUGACGUGGCCAGAGAGCCAGGCGGCGAGUCAUGGUUCGCCCACGGCCAGCCCCACUCACCAGUACGUGCCCGCUGUGGGACAGGGGACCUCGGCUUUUACACCUGUGCCGUUCACCUAUGGAAUGGACUAACCAACCUGGUAUGCUUGUGUGCCAUCGGUUUCAAACGGUCGUUAUUUUUGAAUGUGUACAGUUAGUAUCAGUGAUCGUUGGUCGACACCUCUGCAAAUAGGGACAAUAUUGCACGUUUCUGUUGUUCUGUUUUGUGUAACGUGCCUAUUUUCUACCAAACCAGUGCCAUACGUGAUUGCCGCAUCGCUAUGUAGUGAUUGGAAUACAAACAUAUAAACACCAUGCCAAUGAAGGAGAAUCUAAAUGUGACUUUGGCACAGCUCAACUUGACGUUAAAGACACUGUUUAGAACCAAGUCGGAGAAAAACAUCAGAAAUAAGAUGGUGUUUGGGUUCAUAUUAAUUUUUACGGUAGAUGAUAUUUCAAAGGGAAUCUUAAUCAUUUUUCUAAGUUUCGUAAAACAUUGUUCUAAAAUGUGCUGAAAUGUACUUAACUGAAACUUUCUAUCAAAAGAGGGAUUUUGUAUUCAAGCCGAACUGGAAAAUAGAGAUAUUAUAGGAACGUGAAUGUACACAGCUGAGUUAUGCAUCAACAGGUACAUUUUCUUUUGGAAUAUCUUCAAAAAGUGCCGUUUUCACGUGCAAGUUGCCAAAGCCAAAGGAAAUCUUCUGUGGGUUCGUUGUACAGUAAGUCGGUAGGCUGGUGGAACGAUGCUGUGUUGAGUGCUGCCUUCUCAAAUAUGUGAAUCUGACAUGUUUUAGAUAACUAUCAAACAACAAUUAUAUUGUUGGAAAGCUAUUUUAUUGUUCAGACGUUUGUAUAUGUACAUGGAAUCGUAUAGUUUUGUAGUUAGAAUAGAUAAUGCUACCUUGUGAGUGCAGACGCUGUAUUUUAGACGUGAGUGAUGUUACAAGUAUUUUUUUGCCAUGACUUCGUCUUGACGUUUUGAAAAAAAGACGUAUUAGAUUUUGUAUACUGUGAACUGGGGCAGUCUCUCACAAAAUAGUAACCUGGAAGAAUAUCAUUAUCAUAUACAGUUGUGAUAUAAACUUGAG